AUGGAAGCGAAGAAGCGCCGCAUGCGAGCAUCGUCAUCUUCGAAACCAAAAAUCCAUCUUUCUAUCCUUAAAAAUUUCAUUCAAACUCGUCUCCCAUAUGUUCGAUUUAUAACUCCCACCUCUCCAGAAUAUGCAGCUGCGCGCUCAACUUUUUGCUUAUCUAAUGCUGCCAUUCCACUUGCCACUGUGAAACCGGCGACGAUAGCAGACGUAUCUACAUUGAUAUCAUUUACGACAGACCAUCAAAUCCCAAUUACAGUACGUUGUGGUGGUUAUUCUUAUUUUGGUUUCGGAUUUUCAUCCUCCGCUUUAGCAAUCGAUCUUCGCUGUCUCGCAUCAAUCCGUGUUUCACCCACCCGCAAUUCUGCAGUCAUUGGAGGAGGUAUUCUUCAGGGAGAUCUUGCUCGUGAACUGAGCGGAGAAGGCUUGAUGACGCCGGUAGUACCUAUUCCAUCUAUGGGUUACGCAGGAUGGGCGAUGUACGGUGGUUAUGGCCCAUUCAGUGCUGCUUAUGGACUAGGUGUAGAUCAGAUUAUUGGUGUGAAAGUUUUUGAUUCUGACGGAGAGAUCAAAGACUCUGACGCUGAAGGAGAAGAUGGGUUAUUGCGAGCUGUGAGAGGUGGAGGCAGUGCAUUAGGGAUUGUUGUGGAGCUAAGAAUCAAGGUUUACCCAUUACAAAAGGUCCUUGCUGGCAAGAUUAUCUUCAAAUCAGAAGACAUAUCGAAAACAGUAGAGAUCUUCAACAGCAGAUUCAGAGAGCUAUCCGCGCGAGGACUACCUCUACAACUGACAGCCCAACAAAAAAUCUUCCCAAGCUCCCAAGGACAAAUAUUCGGGGUUCAAUUCAUGUGGAUUUCUGAAGACAUCGGAACUGGACGUCAAUUGCUGGCUCAUAUCGAAUCACUUGCACCUGUCAUCCAAAAUGAAGUCGUCUCCACUACAAUCUCUCAAUGGGGAUUACAAUACUGGACUUCCUGCUAG